GUUUUCUACUGUAUGCUCUUUGAUUUGAGUGACAUCACCAGAUCCGUCCCAACGCGGAAAUGUGCAAUAUUUGUUAUUAUAAUUUAUGAUCAGUUGUCUGGCGUGUUUCAGGCAAACGCUGAACCGCAGUAGUACUGUUAGUGAGUGAGUAUGCCGCGGUGAAGUUGUCCCGACUCUCGGUGAGAAUGGCGUUUUGUUGGAGGAGUUUGGAGCCCUUUCGACCUUAGUUUAUAUUUACUGACAGACACACAACAGAAAACCCCGCAACUUUCAGAGCUGUCAAGUCCAGGGAGAGGAUGAGGAUUAUGAAGAACUGGACACAGAUGCUGCUGUUGCUGGUUUGCUUCGCUGGAAUCGUGUCUCAGUGUGAGGGAGGAAGCUCCGUCUCUCUGCCCGAGUCUCUGCUCUUUGUUUCUACACUGGAUGGAAGUCUGCAUGCCGUCAGCAAACAGACCGGAGACAUCAAAUGGACACUGAAGGAAGAUCCCAUUAUACAGGUUCCCGAGUAUUUCCAAGAGCCAGGCUUUUUACCAGACCCCAAUGACGGAAGUCUGUAUGUUCUCGGAGGAAAGAGGAAAGAAGGUCUGAUGAAACUGCCAUUCACUAUUCAAGAGCUGGUGCAGUCGUCUCCCUGCAGGAGCUCAGAUGGAGUACUCUACACCGGUAAAAAACAGGACACCUGGUUUGUGGUCGAUCCUCAGACAGGUGAAAAACAGACAAGUUUGAGCACCUCGUCUUCAGACUCCAUCUGUCCCUCUGCACCUCUGUUGUACAUCGGUCGCACAGAAUAUAUGAUCACCAUGUAUGACACGAAGACUCAGGAGCUCCGCUGGAAUGCCACAUACAACGAUUACUCAGCUCCUCUAUAUGACGACAAAAAAUAUGAAUAUAAGAUGUCGCACUUUGCAUCGAGUGGCGAUGGUCUGGUGGUUACGGUGGAUCGAGACUCUGGCGAGGUUUUGUGGAUGCAGAAAUUUGAUUCUCCGGUGGCUGGAUUUUACUUGUGGAGUCAGGACAGUCUCCGUCGAGCCCCUCAUCUGACCGUCGCAACAGAAACCCUGCGCUAUCUGACCUUCACCGCAGAAAACACACAGUCCCACACCAUGAAGUGGACCUACCAGUUCACAAAGGAGAGCCACAGCACGAAGACUCAGCUAGUUCCCACUCUGUAUGUUGGGAAGACGGAGUCUCAUCUGUAUGCUUCUGCCUCCCUUGUCCAUCAAGGUGUCGCAAUAGUGCCUAAGGGUCUCACUCUUGCACGCAUUGAGGGGCCGAUGACAGCAGGCGUCACAAUGGGUAAUGGACGGCCUGAGUGCGAGAUCACACCCAGCACUGACGUCAAAUAUCCACCAGGAAGCAGCAGCUCUCUGCAGAAUCAGUGGCUGCUCAUUGGUCACCAUGAAAUCCCUCCUCUGGCUCACACCACCAUGUUGAGAGAUUUCCCAGAGAACCUGCAGCGCUCUGGUGAUGUCAUCCCACCUCGAGGAUCCGGCUCUUCUUACCGCUCUCCCUCUCACCCAUUGCCACCAGUUAGGAAGCAGAGCUCUUCUCCAGUGCUGCCAGACUCGCUGAGCUCUGAGCCCAUGACAGUGCUGGUGGUGACGCUGCUGCUAGGAGCCUGGAUCACCUUCCUGCUCACACACAAAUGGCCUGUAAAAAAAUCCCAAAGAUCUGAAGAGCCAGUGGACUCCACCCCACUUUCUGGUCUGACCAAUUACAGCGCUUCUACAGAACUGAACACUCCGCCCUCAACAUCAUCUUACAGCAACAGCAGUCGCUCAGAAAAGACCAGUUCUGUUGCAUCCAAUCAAACUCAGCCAUUCUCAAGCAAAGACUCCGCCUCUGUAACAGCAGCCAGCCAAUCACAGAAUGAACAGGCUGACGUGGUGGAAGUUGGUAAAAUCUCUUUCAGUCCCACUGAGGUGUUGGGUCAUGGGACAGAAGGAACCUUCGUGUUUCGGGGUCAUUUUGACGGUCGGCGUGUGGCGGUGAAGCGAAUCCUGCCGGAGUGUGUGGAGUUUGCAGAGCGAGAGGUUCAACUUCUGCGGGAAUCAGAUGAACAUCCCAAUGUGAUCCGUUACUUCUGCACAGAGCGGGACAGACAGUUCACUUACAUUGCCAUAGAGCUGUGUGCUGCAACACUCCAGCAGUAUGUAGAAGACCCGAGCUGUCCUCACUCAGAGCUGAACCCGGUGUCCCUGCUGGAGCAGACCAUGUGUGGCCUCAGUCACCUGCACUCCCUCAACAUCGUCCACAGGGAUUUAAAGCCCAGGAAUAUUUUGCUGUCUCUGCCCGGGGCACUGGGUCGAGUGCGGGCGCUCAUCUCAGAUUUCGGCUUGUGUAAGAAGCUUCCAGAUGGUCGGCACAGUUUCAGCCUACGCUCCGGGAUACCUGGAACCGAAGGCUGGAUCGCCCCUGAAUUACUCAUAAACGCUCCGAAAGGGAACCCUACGAGUGCGGUGGACAUUUUUUCUGCCGGAUGUGUGUUUUAUUAUGUGACGUCUAAAGGACAGCAUCCGUUCGGUGACACUCUGCGGCGUCAGGCUAACAUCCUCUCUGGAGUCUAUAACCUCGAUCACUUCAUGGAGGAUAUACAUGAGGACGUGAUUGGCAGAGAUCUGAUCGAGCGGAUGAUCAGUGCAGAGCCAGAGAGCCGUCCUUCAGCAGCGUCAAUUCUUAAACACCCCUUCUUCUGGAGUCCAGAGAAACAGCUGCAGUUCUUUCAGGACGUCAGUGACAGGAUUGAGAAGGAGCCUACAGAAAGUCCUAUAGUGGCUCGUCUGGAAAAUUCUGGCAGAUCUGUCGUAAGAACCAACUGGAGGAUGCACAUCUCAGCGCCGCUGCAGGCUGAUCUUAGAAAAUUUCGUACAUAUAAAGGAAACUCAGUGAGAGACCUGCUUAGAGCAAUGAGGAAUAAAAAACACCAUUAUCACGAGCUCCCGCCGGAGGUUCAGUCGACUCUCGGUGAAGUCCCCGAUGGCUUUGUGGCGUAUUUCACCUCACGGUUCCCCCGGUUACUGCUUCACACGCACACAGCACUCAGCAUCUGUGCCCCCGAGAGACCCUUUCACCCGUACUAUCAUCACUGACGCCCGUAGAGACACGCUGUUUGUUCCUGCACUGGACUAAAGAGGAAAAGCAGAAUCCUCAAAUAAACACUGCAUCCGUCUGCACUACUGGAUGAACUGUGAGCACAUUUUAUUGCAAUGAGCUACUGAGUCAUUACUCUGAAAACACCCAACUGGACUUGCUGAGAGAAGAUGUCUUUUUUUGCAUAUAGUGUCCUCCAGAUAUAUUAGUUUUCUUGGUAAAUAUGAGUAUUGGAGGAUAUGGAUGCACAGUUGAAGUCAAAAUUAUUAUCCCUUCUUUUUCAAAUAUUUCCCAAAUGAUGUUUAACAGAGCAAGGAUAUUUUCACAGUAUGUCUGAUAAUAUUUUUUCUUCUGGAGAAAGUCUUAUUUGUUUUAUUUCCACUAGAAUAAAAGUAGUUUUUAAUUUUUUUAAAACCAUUUUAGGACCAAUAUUAUGAGUCCUCUUAGGCAGUCUUUGUUUUGGAUUGUCUACAAAACAAACCAUCGUUAUACAAUGACUUGUCUAAUUACCCUAACUUGCCAAAUUAACCUACUA